CGGGGCAAAACCCCUAUUGAACUUCUCUUUUCGAUACUGAAAAACCGACAAGAGCGAGUUUGUGUCUUCUUCAUCAGUAGCAAGUAGAUUCAAGAAGUUCAACGACAUCAUGAGCUCCGCGAAUGGGACUAAGCCCGCAGUGGUCUGCGUAUUCUGCGGCUCCGUGUCCGGCACCAACCCCCGCCACAUGGAAGCCGCGCGCCAACUCGCGUACGAAUUCCACAAGAAUAACAUCCACCUCGUGUACGGGGGCGGCACAGCAGGUCUAAUGGGCACGAUAGCCCGCGAGCUGGUCAAACUCUCUGGCCCGCAAGCCGUGCACGGUGUGAUUCCGCGCGCAUUAGUAAAGGUAGAACCGGGAUACGACAAUGCAACGGAACAUCCCUCCCCAGACACAGACACAGACCCAAGUGCAGGAGUCCAGCAAGCGCGGUCCGGCAAGGACGCGGAAAGAAUCAUUCCAGCCGCUAGUACUACUACCAAUGGCAAUACUACGAAGACAAAGGAGUCUAUGUUCAAGGAAUCCGAGUACGGGACGACCACGAUCGUGGCGGAUAUGCAUGCGCGAAAGCGGCUUAUGGCGACGAAGGUGCAGGAGGGAGGGCCUGGGAGUGGGUUUGUGGCGUUGGCGGGGGGGUUUGGGACGAUUGAGGAGGUGAUGGAGAUGACGACGUGGAAUCAGUUGGGGAUUCAUGGGGCUGGGGUGGUGGUGGUUAAUGUGGAUGGGUAUUGGGAUGGGGUGUUGGCGUGGGUGAGGAAGGCCGUGCAGGAGGGGUAUAUUGGGGAGGAGAAUGGGGGGAUUCUCGUCGAGGUGAAUGAUGUUAAGGAUGUUUGGCCAAGGUUGAAGGGGUAUAGGGUUAGUAAUGGGAGGAUGAGGUUGAAUUGGGGGGAGGAAUAG